AUGAAAUUGGCUGAUCGUAAAAAGUUAUCUGUUCAUUUGGAUAUGUCUGGUCUCAAGUAAAUUGUAUCAAGUGCUUAUCCUCUUUCGACAAAACGCUAAAUUGAAACAAGUCCAAUUAGUCCCAAUACUUCACGAUUGUUUUCUGAAAAGAAAUUAAAGGUUUUUUAGCCUCUUCAUUCAAGUAAGAGUAGAAAUAUCAAUACAAUAUAAAAUAUCAUUUCCAAUUUCAAAAGUAAAGUAACUCGAGAAAAAGAGAAUAAGUCUAUUUCAAUUAUGUCCUAAUUCCCUCUUUCAGUAGAUUAAUUUAUUAAGUUGUAUAAUGUUACCCAGACUGAAAUCCAAGAAUUAUCUGAAUUAAAAUAAGUAUUUUAUUACAAGGAGACUUUAAUUUAAGAUGAUGGAACAAAUGGACAAUAUUUAUGUAAUGCAUAAGAUCAUAUCAGAUAUCAAUAUGAAAUAACCAGUCUUAUUGGAUAAGGUAGUUUUGGUUAAGUGUUUUAAGUUUUUGAUCAUAAAACUAAGAGAACUCUUGCUCUUAAAAUAAUCAGAAACUAAGAAAAACUAAAAAAGUAGGCUUAAAUUGAAGCAAAUCUAUUACGAAUAAUAAGAGAAAAAGAUUCAUUAAGUUAAUCUAACAUAGUGAGAAUAGAAGAUUAAUUCGUAUUUCGUGGUCAUCAUUGUAUAGUUUUAGAGAAGUUGGAGAAAAACUUCUUUGAACUCUUGAAAUAAUAGAAAUUUAGAGGAUUUGACUAUUCAUCUCUUAGAUAGUUUGCAUUAUAAAUCUUAGUUGCUUUAAAUUAUCUAUAAAAACUAAAUAUCAUUCAUUGUGAUUUGAAACCUGAAAAUGUGAUGAUCCAAGACAUGAAAUAAAAAAUAAUCAAAUUAGUUGAUUUUGGUUCAGGUUGCAUAGAUGGAAAUCAAAUGUAUACUUACAUCCAAAGCAGAUAUUAUAGAGCACCGGAAGUUCUAUUUGGAUUAAAAUAUGGAAUGGAAAUUGAUAUGUGGAGCUUCGGUUGCUUAAUUGCUGAAAUGCAUUCAGGAUAACCAAUAUUUCCUGGAGAAAACGAAGUUGAAUAGUUUCAUCUAAUUAUGGAACUAAUAGGUGAGCCUACAAUUGAAUUUGCAUUAAAAUGUCCAAGAAAAAAACAUUUUUUUGAUGAGAAUGGACAUCCUAAGAAAACUAUUAAACACUAUAGAAAUCCAAGAUCUGUCAAAUUACAUGAUUUAUUAAAAACUACAGAUGGCGACUUUGUGGAUUUUUUAUAUAAAUGCUUUACUUGGGAUGCCUCAUCUCGAAUGAAACCUUAAUAAGCAUUAGGUCAUCCCUGGUUACAAGGAGUAGUGCUCAACAAAAGUUCUAAUUUCCCAGAUUAUACUUUCAUUAAGAACUCAAAGACCUAAUCUAAUUUGCUUUUAAGGGAGUUUGAGAAAAAAGUACCCAAAGAAAACAUUUUCCUUAAACUGGAAUAGACAAGAACGCUUAUAGCAAACAAUUUUAUGGAGUAUAAACCUAGUAUGAUUUAAGAAAUUUAUAGUAGAUCCGAAUUAAAAAUAGAGUAAUGA